AUGCCUAAAGUCAAACCUCAAAAGCGCAACAAUGCGAAUUCUGACGCCGCCGCAAAGGCCCACAGCAUUUUCAAGAUGAAUACAGAUAUUGGUCAACACGUCUUGAAGAACCCUGGUAUUGCCGAACAAAUUGUCAACAAAGCCGAUCUCAAACAGAGCGAUAUCGUCCUUGAAAUCGGUCCCGGUACCGGAAACUUGACAGCAAAGAUCUUGGACCAAGCAAAGAAGGUCAUUGCGGUGGAAUUGGAUCCUCGAAUGGCAGCUGAGGUCACCAAGCGUUUUCAGGGUACUCCUGCACAGAAGCGUCUGGAGGUGAUUCUCGGAGACGUGAUGAAGACAGAACUCCCAUACUUCGACGUUUGCAUUAGCAACACACCCUACCAGAUCUCCUCCCCUCUCACAUUCAAGCUAUUGGCGACCCUGCCCGCUCCCCGCGUCUGCAUUCUUAUGUUUCAGCGUGAAUUUGCCCUGCGUCUGUUUGCUAAACCAGGCGAUAAGCUCUACAGUCGACUCUCCGUCAAUGCACAAAUGUGGGCGAAGAUUGAUCAUAUUAUGAAGGUCGGCAAGAACAACUUCAAGCCCCCACCAUUGGUCGAGUCCAGUGUCAUUCGCAUGGUUCCCAAGGUGCCGCGGCCACAAAUUAAUUACGAGGAGUGGGACGGCUUGUUGCGCAUUGCAUUUGUUCGUAAGAACAAGACCCUGCGAGCCAGUUUCCUUGGUACAACUAGCAUUAUGACCAUGCUGGAAGCGAAUUAUCGGACCUGGUGUGCUCAAAAUGAUAUCCCCGUGGAGGAUGGCCCCGUUGAAGAGGCCGGUGGAGAUGGAAUGGAUAUAGAACAAGAACAAGAGACGGAAGAAGUGGAUGAGGAGGUCAUGGAUAUGGAUGACGAUGAUGUCCCCGAUUUCUUCAAAGAAGAGACUAAUGCUCGUCUUGAGCAAGCCCUCAAGAAUAAGACCCCACGCAAGAAGCGCGGGAAGGUUGGGGAGCUGGUACGUGAAAAGGUGCGACAGGUUCUGGAGGAUGAGACUGGUCUGGCCGAUAAGCGCGCAAGAAUGUGUGAUGAGAACGAGUUUUUGAAGAUGCUGUGGGCCUUCAACCAGAAGGGAAUCCACUUCAACUGA